AUGUUCAACUUGAGGACAAGUUCCUCAAGGAAAAAUGCUUAUGAGUAUUUGGCCUGGGAAUUUGUGGCUGGUAAAUUGGAGGAUUACUAUGAUGAUGAUGAUGAUGAUGUGAGUUAUGAUGGGAUGUGGGAUGAUGAGGUAUGGCUGGAGGAGCUAGAGUUGAGGUUCUAUGAAGGAAUUUAUCAGAAUGGGGAUGCAGUGUAUGGAGGGUACAAUUGGCCUCCAUCUCCUUAA